AUGGCCGAUGAGGUGACUUUUUCAGCUCUUUCCGAAGAAGACAAGAAAAAACUCGCAGACAACAGCAAAAUUGUGUCAGAAUUCAAGCAGAAAAAACUAGAAAAAGAAGCUCAGAAGAACUGGGAUCUAUUUUACAAGAGAAAUGCGACCAACUUUUUUAAAGACCGACACUGGACAACUGCAGAAUUUGAGGAACUUUUGAGCUUGUGUGAAAAGUCGGACACCUACAAUGAAGUAAGUGCGGGUUUCUAGCUAUCUUCAUCGUCUAGUUAUUAGCUGCUGAAAAAAAAAGAAAAGUAGCCCCGAAUCCCACCCAUCUUAAAUUUUUUUUUCAUACAGUCAGAGCAGAAGAUAGAUAGAUAAUCUUUAUUUAUCCACGGUACAAAAUUCAUCAGCUUUAAAAAUGCCUAAUACUAAUAUAAUAAAAAUAUUUAAAUAAAAAAGCUGCUUUCCACGAAUGCCGUGCCUUACAGUUCUUUGAGUAAUCGUUUAAAUUGCCCAAGGGACUCUGCUUCCCUUAAGUUACAAGGAAGACUGUUCCAGAGAAUGGCGCCACUACAGCUGAAGCUGUUUUUGUAAUAGUUUGUGCGCGGUAAUGGAACAUUGAGUUUAUUUUCAGAGUCCCUUAGGUUAUAUGCGACUUCUCGCCUUUCAAAUUUAGAACUAAGAUAGUUUGGAGCCAACCCGUGCAGAGACCUGUAAACCAUCGUAGCUCUUUGAAAUUGUUGCUGGCAAGCUAGGUUUUUCCACCCUAGAAGUUUGAAAAGGUGACCAGCAUCUACGUCAUAGCUUGAGUAGGUCAAAACACGGGCUGCUCUGUUUUGUAGCUUUUGAACCUUAUUCCGUAAGGUUAUCCCACAGUUUCCCCAAACAAUGUUGCAAUAAUCAAAGUGUGGCUGUAUUAAAGCUUGAUAUAUUAGUUGUAAGGUCGCCUGAGGGACAAGGUGCCUUAUUCGUUUUAUGGCCCCAAUACCAGAAGCGACUUUCUUUGUUACUUUCUCGAUAUGGCCACUCCAAUCAAGUCUGUCAUCUAUGGUCACUCCAAGUGAUUUUGCAGUAGUGACCUGGCUAACUUCAAAAUCAUUAAUUGCAAAUGUCGGGGACUCUGUGAGAGUACUUACCCUCUGCCUAGAUCCGAUAAGCAUAAAUUUGGUUUUAGUCAUAUUUAGAGUAAGUUUGUUUGCUCUCAGCCAAUUGUCAAUUUUAUGAUAUGAGCUCUAAAUCCACUUCUUGUUUUAUUUUCCUUUUGACAUCUUGAAAAUAAUGAAAUUAAUGAAAAAAAUUUUGAAAAAGGCCAAGGUAGGUAUUUCCCAGGAGAUUUGGUGCUCUAACCGGGAGACCAGGAGCUUUGAUGAAAAACUUGGAGACUCCUGGGAAAACCGGGAGCAUUGGCAGGUAUGACAUAUGCACCAGUCAUUUUAAACCGCAGUUACAGUCACUGUAGCCUGCGAGCAAGCUCUCCCGAAUAUAUUCAAAUUCCAGAGAUGCAGUUGCAAGCUCUCCUUCCUUUUCCCGCCCUGCUGCCAGAGUGCCCCCAGAGAUCUUGCUGGCAGGCUACAGUCACUGUAGAGACCAGCACAUGCAAAGAAACCACAAAAAACAACUGUUUCACCAAAAACAAUUCUGGAAUGUUACUGUGUCACAAGGGAGAAGCUAAUCAGACAUGAGAUACAGUGCUGCUCAAAAGUAUGUUGGCAGCCUUUCAUGUCUCCAUCCUCAAGUCUUGAGACUGGAUUUUUAAUUCUUGAGUUUAAACCAUGGUACCAUGUAUAUUUCUUUUGCCCAAUAAAAUUGUUUAGACACUGUCCACAAAUAAAUAAUGAGCUAAUUUCAGAGAACAAAACAAAAACAAAAUUUGUAUAUUUUGAUAUUUUUGACCAAUUUGAAAUACGGCAAAAAAUAAUUAGUAAUAUUUAUUUAUAAUAAACUAUUAAUCUGAUAUCUCAAAGGAACAUGCUGCCUUCAGUGAAGAUAAAGUGAAUGCUUUUCAGUGCGAUUUAACAAGUGAUAAUCUACUCUCACAUGUACCAGAAUGUAGUGUGGACAUUGCGACUUUAGUCUUCGUGCUUUCUGCUAUUCAUCCUGACAAAAUGUUGGCUGUCCUUCAAAAUAUAAUACAGGUUUGUGUGUAUUUUUGCCUAGUUAAUUUAUUUUUCUUAACAAACAGAUUUUCAGAUUGUCAUCCCUGUUUGGAUUGCAUGUGGAGGACGGGUCGUGUAUAGCGUGACCAAAGGGAGUAUGCCUUUGACAGAGACGAGGCCUCCCAUCAUCCCUUAUGCUCCCAUUAACCAUGCUUCUUUCAUAUUAAUAGGAGACUAAAACCAAACUGGUGACAAUUAGUCAGGAUUUUCAGAAUACCUGUGAGCUCUAAAAACAUGUUCCAAAUAAAUACAUGUACAGUGUAUCCUUUAAGGACUUGGUGACUGAGGUUUAAACCUACAUUUUGUUAAAGUGUUGUUUUUCCAAAUCAAAUCAAAUCAAAUUCAAAUCAAAUCCUUUAUUCAGAAACGUAAAACCCAGGAGCAUCAAAGUUCUCGUUAAAACGUGUACGUGUGUAAAUAAUGGCCUUAUAGCACUUUCCCAUUUAACUUGUAGUGACACAGCAGACUGCUUUUCUCUACAUGAUUCUAGUAUGUGGAUACUCAUGAAGAUUGUAAGAACUGGUGCUGAGGAAUUUAUAGACUCAGUUGAUUUGAUUCAGAACCUGUGUACAGGUCAAGGAAUAUAUUUGGCACAGCACCCCUAAAAUAAGUCCAAUCUGGUCCUUCAAGAAUCAAUCAAUCAAUCAAUCUUUAUUCUCCUAAAAUAAAAGGAAAUUAUCUUAAGUUACAUUAGCAGUUGGGAAUCUAAAAAUACAUGUAUGCAAAUAAAAAGAUAAAAAUAAAUAAGACAAACUGUGUACAAAAAUAAUAGAAAGAUCAUAGAUUGUAUCUAAAAAUAAUCCUAUUUACAAAAACAUUCUUAAAUCUAUCAGUCUUUAUCUUUGGGCGAUGAGCACUUUUGUUUCUGAGUAGAUACUUUGUUUCUUUCUUCUUCGGAAUGAUGUUACUGAGCGGGCAAUCGGGAUCCACUGAAUGUACCUUGAAAAGCUUCUUAUCUGCCUUUUCUAAAGUUCUCGAAUGUCCAGUCUCUUAGAUGGUCAAAGUUACUCAAAAAAUCAUCAUAAAUUUUGAUUUGAAUUUGCAGAUUAGCAUGAAAGUGUUUUUCACUAUCCCUUUGUUACUUCUUCUUUAGUUGUGGAGUACAGUGGUGAUUCAAGACUUUCAGGUAUGGGGUGGGGCUUCUAUUCCAGGCCCUUGAGAUUAGAGGGACACUCUGGAACGUAAUGUUUUGACCCUGCAAGCCUUGAUUUGAUUGGUCUAAAACUUAAGGACAAGGACGGGGACACCCUUCCCCAGAUCUGUCACUGGCAUAUACCACUGGACCUAUUGAAAACAAAUAAAUUUUAUUUGUUUGAGAUGAGAACAAAAUACUCAGGAUCUCAUGGUUUUGUGUUUCUAUCAGAUUCUCAAGCCAGGGGGAUUGCUGUUUUUUCGUGAUUAUGGCCUUUAUGAUCAUGCCAUGCUGAGAUUUAAUCCUAGAAAUAAACUGUCGGAUAAUUUUUACGUCAGGCAAGAUGGGACUAGAGCAUACUACUUUUCAAAAGGUAGGCUUCAGUACAUUAAUCACAGGAAAAAAGUUAACUGUGUUUAUUUGCACAAUUAUUUACAUGUAUUUGGUUUUCGAGUAAAUAGCCAAUAAGCAUACAUGUGUUGGUUAUGAGAUGACAAUGAACUGUCUCGCACCCAACUAGCAGAUCACUAGUAGUGUUAUAGGUAAUAGCAUAAUUUGUAUUGAUAUUUCGAAAUUGUUGUAUGUAAUUUCACAAGCCGUUAGGCGAGUGAAAUUUGAGAUAAUUUUGAAAUAUCACGUACAUGCUAUGAUUUGUUUAUAUAACUACCCACAAAAGGUUUGUAAUUUUCCCAUGUAGGUAUUUCAAAUUAAGCUGAAAUGCCACUGCUCUAAGCCAAUCAAAUUGCAGAAAUUUCUCAUGUAGUAGUAUAAAAAAAUUAAUAAGCAAGAAAUUAUCAUAAAUUUUGCUUAGAAUGGUUUGUCAUGUUUGGAUAAUAUUUUCUUAUGGCCCUUACACUGUGGUUACUUAGCUGAGGCACUCAAAAUUUUGGAAAUGCAUCCAUCAAUAAUAACCCAGUGUCUAAUAAUAAUUCUUUAUCUGUCCCAGGGUUGUCAUUUAGGGUUGGAGGGCAGGGAUUUUCCCUAGAUAGUCUACCCCCAGCUACUUUUAUAGAAAACAAAAUGAAAAUGGAGCCAAAACAGCCUCUGGGCUGUUCAUUGUAGAUAGUUUCAAUAUUGUUUGGUGGGGAUGUGCCAGUAGGACCUCAGAACCCAUAGCGUACACCAGACCUACCAGUAGUUCAUGUGAACAUUGUUACCAUAUCCUUUGAAUAAAUUUCCAAAACCCUGUCUUAUCAUGGAGUCGCUAUUUUUAAGAAACUAUGGAGGUGGAGACUUCCUUUCCUGUUAAAUUAAGUUAGGGGUAAAUUUAGAGUUGCCAAUAUAUUUUAUAUUGGUGAGUGUUUAUUCCUGGUUUCCCUAGACUAAUCAACUAGUUGACCAGUUUCCUGGAAAAUUAUACUCUAUUCUAGACCCAAACUCUUUGAUUUCUAUACCCUAUCCCAGACUAAACAAUCACAUACAGACAUACACUGUUUACAGGUAGCCAUCAUGACACCUGAUGGAGGAUGAUAAAGUUAGCCCUAUAUUAAGAUCUCUCCUUACAGAAAACCCACCCAGCCUAGUAAAGGUUGGCCACACCACCAGGAUCUACAUCCCCUACUCUUUUUGAACAGUAGUGUGGGUUCUUUUACGUCCCACAAGAACCAGUUUAGUGAAAGUGCUGUGAGACGGGACCUAUGGUUUUUCAUCCUUAUCCGAGAAGACUAGAAAGUCUAACUGUUUCCAGAUGCCAUUAAAAAGGCAGCAUUUUCUCCUCAGUCAUUUUAAAGAUCCUGAGUGUUGGUCUGACCCUGCUCAACAGACCAGGGGCCCGUUUCUCGAAAGCCCCGGUAACGUUUUGGGCCCGAAAUCAAAUUUUUAAAUCAAAAUAUGAAGAAUAAGAGCGGGGGUUCUGGCUAGCAAACUCAGUACUCCAUUAACUGAUAGUUUUAUCAUGUUAGAUGCAAAACUAUUGAAACCUCUACCUUGCAUGUAAACAACAACAGCUUUACGGGCCCGUUAAUUAUCAGAACUUUAGAGAAAUGGGCCCAGUCCUCUUCCAACUGAGCUAACCAAAUGGCGGUCUGCUUGAAAACCAUACCCUUCACUACUACACAUACCUACAGGGUUCGCAAAUACGCCAAAUUUGGCGUAUUUUACGCCAAAAUUGUUCAGAUGACUCCACUGAGGUUACGGAGGGAGUCACUUUGACUCCAAAAAUUUUCGGUAACAAACAGGGAGCCACUUCGACUCCAGAAAUUUUCGGUAACAAACACAGUUUUAUCCUUACCUUUUUCGCAACAAAUACAAUUUACGUUAAUUGUAAACGUUGUAAACCUUAAUUAAAUCAUCGAAAUUAAAGAAUUAUACUCCACGACAAAACAGGAAGAGGGUAAAUUACGAUCAAAGUUUACUCGAUGACCGCCACCAUGGAUUUGAGCUUUCCAAGUCAGCGGACCGCCACAGCUACUUCGUGUAUCUCUCACGAUAGUGUAUACAUGCCGGGACCACGUGCUGGAAAGUCUGAUACUUGACUCCAAAUAUUCCAAAAUGACCCCAAAAUUUGUGAAGCAAAAGUCACACUGACUCCACUCAUCAAUAAAAUUUGCUAACGCUGUACCUAGUAUAUAGCCUGUAUAUGGAAGUACUCCCCUUCCUGGUUAAUAUUGCAUAUAGCCAGCAACCUGACAUCUUAGAGACAGCUGUGCUGUCCUUAUUGAUAUGAAAUUUUCCCUUGAAUUUACAGAUCUUGUUGAGACAUUAUUUCACCAAGCUGGAUUUCAAGCACUGGAAAAUGAUUAUGCUUACAGGAGAACUGUCAAUAAAAAAGAAGGAAUUGAUGUUCCAAGAAUAUUUGUGCAAGCAAAAUUUGUGAAGCCUGUUUAA